UCUGCCUUCAGACCCUCUCACUCUCAGCCUGCGGCUCCGACGGACUUACGCUGGGUUUCGGACAGGGACAAACAAACAGCAGGACACAGGCGAGCAGCCCAGAAAAAUGGCAGAGCUUGGAUCGGGAAGUCUGCCGAUAGGGGAUCCUGCGUUUAAUUACCAGGAACACGAACUGAACGAGCGGUUGAAACGGCUGUACCCGGCUGUGAACGAGGAAGAGAGCCCUUUACCCCGAUCGUGGAGCCCCAAGGAUAAAUACAGCUACAUCGGGCUGUCACAGAACAACUUGCGGGUUCAUUACAAAGGUCAUGGUAAAAACCACAAGGAUGCAGCAUCGGUGCGAGCUACACACCCAAUCCCUGCUGCCUGUGGGAUCUACUAUUUUGAAGUAAAGAUUGUCAGCAAAGGUCGGGAUGGGUAUAUGGGAAUUGGCCUAUCUGCUCAGGGAGUCAACAUGAACAGACUGCCCGGAUGGGACAAGCACUCUUACGGUUACCACGGAGACGACGGCCACUCCUUCUGCUCUUCCGGGACUGGCCAACCGUACGGCCCGACGUUCACCACGGGCGACGUGAUUGGCUGCUGUGUCAACCUCAUCAACAACACUUGCUUUUACACUAAAAAUGGCAUCAGCUUAGGUGUAGCGUUCACAGACCUCCCUCCCAACCUGUACCCCACCGUGGGUCUUCAGACCCCAGGCGAGAUUGUCGACGCUAACUUUGGCCAGCAGCCAUUUGUCUUUGACAUUGAGGACUACAUGAGCGAAUGGCGGGCCAAGAUUCACGGCAUGAUUGCGCACUUCCCCAUUGGAGAGAGGCUGGGGGAAUGGCAGGCUGUCCUGCAGAACAUGGUGUCCAGUUACCUGGUGCACCAUGGGUAUUGUGCGACUGCAACAGCCUUUGCCAGAGCCACAGAGACUAUGAUACAAGAGGACCAGAUGUCAAUAAAAAACCGACAGAGAAUACAGAAGCUAGUGCUAGCAGGACGAGUGGGCGAAGCUAUAGAAGCCACACAGCAGCUUUAUCCCGGCCUGUUAGAACACAACCCCAACCUACUAUUCAUGUUGAAAUGUCGUCAGUUUGUAGAGAUGGUGAACGGUACAGACAGUGAAGUUCGCUGCUUGAACAUUCGGUCCCCAAAGUCCCAGGACAGUUACCCCGGGUCACCCAGCCUCAGCCCCCGGCAUGGAUCCAGCAUCACACACCUGCACAGCGGAGGAGCUGACAGUCCUACGUGCAGUAACGGGGUGACUCCCCCAAACAAGGUCAAGAGCCACAGCGGAGGAGCAGGUAGCAGCAGCGUUAGAUACGUGUCUUCAUCUGCAUCCUCCUCCACCUCUUCCUCCCCUUCCUCCAUCAACUAUUCUGAAUCCAACUCCUCCGAUUCCACCAAGAGCCAACCACACAGUGCCAACAGUAUCCACGAAACCAGUAGUGACAGUGAGAUGGAGAUAGAAACAGAGCACUAUUCCAACGGCGUGGUGGAGGGCUCGUCCACACGGAUUGUGAAUGGAACGUAUAAACAUGAAGAGAUCCUUCAGCCAGACAACAACGGCCUCGACAACGGGAUCACAGAUGAAAGCUGCACCAAUAGUCGUCAGCUCUGUGGGGGAAACCAAGCCGCCACAGAGAGGAUGAUCCAGUUUGGUCGCGAGCUGCAGGCGCUUAACGAGCAGCUGUGCCGUGACUACGGCAAGAACGCCACGCACAAGAAGAUGUUACAGGAUGCAUUUAGCCUGCUAGCAUACUCGGACCCAUGGAACUGCCCCGUGGGCCAGCAGUUAGACCCCACACAGAGAGAAGCACUCUGCUCAGCACUCAACAGCGCCAUACUGGAGUCCCAGAAUCUGCCUAAACAGCCUCCGCUGAUGUUGGCAUUGGGUCAGGCCACAGAGUGUGUCCAGCUCAUGGCCCGAGUCCGGUCUGGUUCCUGCUCCUUUGCCAGAGUAGACAACUUUUUGCACUAGCCCAAGCCCAGGUUAAUGUUAAGUAGCACUGAGGGAAGGCGUGCCCGGCAGGCAGUUGUCACAGCGAAGGAGGAGCAAGCAUGUGUGCGAUUGGUGCGUUUGUCUGCCCGUCAGUUGGAGCCAGCGACACGGCGGGCAGACGAGCGAAGAAGAAGGCUUCCUUUUAAUUUUAGUACUAUCAAAUAAAGAAAUGUGUGACACUAUUUAAGAUAAUUAAUUAUUCUGUUUAUCUAGCCUUUUUUAUUUUAUUUUAUUUAGUUCGUAUUUGUCAGUUUGUUGUGCUCAUCCUGGACAAAACAAAUUUUUAUCCCACCGACCCCCCCCACCCCUUUUCUUUCCACGGGUGCAUUUGAUUCCCUACAGUUAGUGUUGUUGUUCACAGUGUCAAAGGUCGCGCUGCUUUCCACACACUCCCGCAAAAACCAAUCACAGAAACCUCCAACCCUCACCGCCGUCUCCGAACAAGGUAUGAAAGCCUGUGAAACUGUGUGACGACGGAGACCUCACACAUGUGCUCGCUUUACCACCAUUUCUCUCAUGAGCUUCACAAAGCACUCUGACGUUUCCGAUAAACGUACAUCAUCACCACCGGAAGAUUUUAAGCUUUGGUCGAGGCCACGCCAUUAAUGUCACUCAGAAAUUCUCAUGGAAGCUGAUCUUUGGUCUUUCUGUUGGGGGGGGCAGAGGCUCGGUGUGACAAAACCUCAAAGUGUGCAGCAGAUUAUAGUGACCUCUGCAGCUGAUAUCAAACACAACCUGCACUGAUGUCACACUGGAUACCUCUGCCAGUAAGACCAAAAAAAAAAAAAUCGUUAUUGACUUCCCAAUAAUUUAUUCCUCAUCAGUGCAGUCACAAACUUCUCAGCAUGUUGUGUGAAAAUCAGUUUUAAAAACACAAAAUCAGUGAGGGGAAAAAACAAACUCAAACUCAUGGUCACGAUGCUAAAACAUAGUAGGGGCCCUAUCUUGUACAGCAAGUUACUGCUCUUUCCAACCAACACAGUUUUCAUUUUCACGGUGUAAAACCUAUGUCAAAUCUCAGUGUAGAUGUUGGAUCAGUUGUGGUAACCCUGAGCAACCUGAAGUAGCUGAAAGAAAAAAA